AUGGAUGACCAAGACGGUAUAUCCAUUCGCGCAAUGCGGCUUAAGGUGCUUUACACAUUUGAUGACGAAAGCAGAACCAACUGCCUUGCCCGGUGGCCACAUUUACUAGAAAUACAAACGGCCUUCCUUGAUGAGGAUACACAGGUUGGCGUUAUUGAGUUGAAAACAUGCAUUCAAGCUAUUGUCUCCGCAAGUCCCGAACUGGUAGCAAAACUUGGUCGAGACUACACCGUGUAUGCCUACGAUUAUUCCGAGUAUGAAACACCAUUGGUGGGGCAAGGAAUGCUAUCAUGGGUCCUAGCCUCGGCUUCUCCGACCCCGAAUGCACCAGCACAUCAGUCAAAAACCAUGGUGACAGGUCGCGUGUGCACAAAUCCUGGUCUGUUUGCAAGAGGAUCACAGGAGACCCUUGAGGUGAAGCUUAAACUUGUCCCAGUCCCGACUGUUCUUCAAAGUGAAUACUUGAAUAGCAUGCAGAAGUAUCGGGACUUAAGCAAUAUGAUCCCCCAGGACUUCGAUGCACAAGCAUGGACCAAUUUUGUGCAAGCCAACCCAGGUUUGUUUGCUGGCAAUGGUGAGAUACAGUCUGCUGAUCGAGAUACAUCCGUAAUGAAUAUGUCAGGCAUUGAAAAUGUCCACCGUAUCUUAAGUGAGGGCUCAACACCUCGGGAUAUUUCUAAUAUGAACAGCUUUCGCGCCGAUUCCCCAGCACAGUUUGCAAGUCGCGUUCCAAGUCGGACCUCAACUCCAGCACUUGCAAGGCCUACAAACCAACAAAAUAAGAGAACCUCCGAUGACAUUUUCAGACCAUCUUCAAGGGCAUCUGUUCAGAGUGCUAAUCUCAACGCUCGUAGAAGGGGUUCUAUCAUGUCUGGAUACGGAAGUUCCGAUGAAACAACUGAAGGCCCUGUUCAAAAAAGGGCAAAGCUAAUGAGGGCCGAUCUAGAUAAGACAAAUUUGAACAUUGAGCGACAGCCAGGCUCUCUUCGUGUGGCUGCCAGCACUGCUGCCUCUGUUAGGAUUCAUCGACCAACCCCUCUAAACCCAUCUAUUCAACCUCAAGCGUCAACUGAUGAGCCGAUUCGUCCCCCAACGCCUGUGCCAUCAUUAUCGAAUGCACCUAAUCGCCGACUAGCUCCCGCAGGGCAAAGUGGCUUGCGACGGCAAUCCUCCACUCUGAGCCAGCGCUCCCAAGCGUCUCUCUACAUACCCGAUGAUCGACGUGUUUCAGAGAUGUCCGCCACAUCCCCAGAAGAACAGCGCUACGGUGCAUUCUCUGAAACACCUUUUAACAUGCCUUCCUCGCCGCCUAUCAUGGACAUGGCGUGCCCACAAACGUCAAGUCCUGUUCUUCCUCCUCUCCCUAAUCAAGAUUCCGGCUUUAUGAGCGGCACGUUCGAGCCUCUUGACGAUGACAAUUCCAACGAGUAUAACAACUUUCAACAGCCAAACGGAAAUGUAAAUACGAAUGGCUCGCAAAUACUAGCAAUAUCUAAGACUCCUUCUGCAAAUGGAGGCUCAAAUGGGACUCUUCACCACAGACAGUUGAUGAGUGACGGAGUACCGAUACCUGCGAGUUCAGCGCCCACGCUGCCACCACAGCCCAGAAAGGCCAUUGGCUCUCGGCCAUCUUCAAGAGCUAGCAUAAAACAGUCCUCAAAGCCACUUGCGCCGGCACCCGCCCCUACCGCACAGCGACAGACGGAUGUCAUCCCCAGCUCUUCCCUUCCUCCUAUUUCUACAAACGUUGCUAUUCCGCCUGCUCAAGGUCACCAAUCGGAUACCCAGUCAUAUCCUAUGAGUGACAUGGCAACAGCGUCCACCCCUGCGCCCGUUGUUCUUCCAGAGAAAAUCCGAAGUGGUGCCGGCGCUAGACGAGUAAAGCAAGUUCAGGCACGGCUUGAUCAAUGUAUCAAGCAAGGAACUGUCCCACCUUAUUGUGAGAAUUGCGGUGCCAUCGAGACUACCACAUGGCGACGAGCUUGGUCCAAAGUUAUCGAAGGAAAUACGGAAGAUGCAAAUGCUUGUAUCAAUGAUACGGGGAUGUUGUUCUGGGAACCAGUUGAUACCGAAUCCGAUGGCUCCGUUACAUCUUACAGACAAUUCAAAAAGUCUUUGGCAAAUGAGGAUAAAGAUUACAUCCAGCUGCUUCUGUGCAAUCCAUGUGGCUUAUGGCUUCACAAAUUUAAAAACAUGAGGCCAGAAAAUAAAUGGAACAAGCCCCCACCAAAAGAUAAGCGAAAGAGGAAAUCCAAUAGGAAACUCCCACCCGUCCCCGCAACGUCUACACGAUCACAAGUACGGCUUCUAGCAGCUAAGCGCCCUGAUUCCUCUCCGCCUCCCUCCGAAGCAUCAUCACCAAACGACGAUGAAACAACGCCUAAGAGUAAAAAGAAUUCCGGGAAGAAAAACGAUGCAGCUCACUCUCGUUCCAAAAAAAGGAGGGCAAACAGUGCAGAGCCAGCUAGAUUAGCAGAUAAAAACGACCGUUGGCAACAGGAGGAUGCCUUCGAGGCACUAAGACGUGCUAUCCAAUCAAGCCCGGCGAGAAACUUAGAAGUACGCAAAGCCUCCUUCACAGAGCCAAAUCUUACGCCAAAUCCCGUUCGCAGGACUUUAUUUCCGUCGAUAAAAGAAGAUAAUGCCAUGAAAGUACUCAGUGAUGCGUUAAUAAAUAGUGCAAGACGCAGUCCUCGGUCAAGUCCCAAAAAGUCAGCGAAUACGAAAAGCUCCGAUAAUAAACGACAACUAUUAGAUGAUGGUCUUGAUCACCUAUUUGAGGGCGACGACGAUAAACCCCACAGCCAUGAGGUCUCUAAUAGUCCUACUCCAAGACAAAAACGUCAAGUAAAUCCACAUAUUGGCAACAAAGAAAAUGUUUCAACACCGCAAACCCAGCCUCCAACCCAAGAAAUAUGUGAAAAUCAACAGGGCUCCGAACAGAUUUCUGAUAUCAUCGGAACGCAUAUGGAAGCCAGUAGGAACUCGGUCUUUUGGAACAGCCCUAAUUCAAGAAGUUUUGAGACUAUUGACGGCUUGAUAUUCAAUAUUUUUCAGUCUGACGAAGGGACCCUUGGGGACUUAGACUCAUUUCACUCACUUCAUGCACCCAAAGACCCGGGACAAAAUGAGUGGGCAGACUGGGAUACAUCAGAUUACGUCUCACCUGGCGUGCAACAUCAUGCCAGCGAAGUAGAAAUUGAUCCGAGCCUACAUGCUAAUCUAGUAAUUGCUGAUACCAACGUUGAAAUACCGGAACUUCGUGAAACUAACAAAAAGGACAUACCACCAAACACUGCCGCCCAGCCCAGCGAAGAGGAAUUUAGAUCACUUCUUGCAUCCACCUGUGACUAUGCAACAUUCAAUGAUUCAUCAGCGAUUUCGGAUUCCGAUAUAUUUGACCCUGCCCUCGUUGAUCCACAUCUACUCAGUGGCAUGUGGUCUAAAGAUGAUAGCAUUACUACGUCUCCGUCAAAAAUAAAUAGCACAGAACCUUUUGAUGCAGAGGUUAUUUCUGCUAUUAUUCAAGAAGUGGCUACGGGAACAACUUCAGUUUAA